AGUACUUUCGUAAAUACAGAUCAGAAUAUGGGUUAAUUCCCCAAGGAAAUUGCUAUUAAUACCCUCUUGAAACACAUUAUCUACACCAAGCCUUCAAAGUUCAAAACAAGAAUAGAGAGAAAAAAAAUGAAGAGUUUUUCCUCAAAAACAUCUGCUCUCCUACUAGUAUGUCUCUUAUUUACAGCUUGUUUGGAUGUUGAGGGUCAGGGUUGUAGCCCAAGUGGGAAAAUAAUGGGAAAGAAACCACCUCCGGGCCAAUGCAACAAAGAGAAUGACUCGGAUUGUUGUGUUCAAGGAAAAAUGUACACAACAUACAAGUGUUCUCCAGCAGUUUCUAGCCAAACCAAGGCAACCCUCACUAUUAACAGCUUUCAAAAAGGUGGAGAUGGUGGAGGUCCGAGUGAAUGUGAUGGUAACUAUCACUCUGAUGACUUGCCAGUUGUGGCAUUAUCAACUGGAUGGUACAAAGGAGGCAGCCGGUGCCACAACAACAUCACCAUCAGUGCUAACGGGCGGAGUGUGGUGGCCAUGGUGGUCGAUGAGUGUGACUCAACUAUGGGAUGUGAUCAAGACCAUGAUUACCAACCUCCGUGUCCUAACAACAUCGUUGAUGCUUCAAAAGCUGUGUGGAAAGCCUUAGGUGUCCCUCAAGAUAACUGGGGCGAUUUGGGUAUAACUUGGUCCGAUGCUUAAUUUCAAAUGUUUACUUGUAAUAUAAGUAUGCCUAAUAUCAUCUAUAUGUUAGUUCUUGUAUUUCUAUGUUUCUGUUUUCCAACUACACCAUGCAAUGUAAUCUAAGAGUUGUAUGUACUGUAUUAUUGAUAUAAAAACUACAAGAAUUGCCUAUAAGUUUAGUCCAAAUGUGAAAUCUUAGAGUGUAACAAUGUUCUUCAAUAUCAACUAUCACAAAU